UGCGCGACAUAGAGGCGGAGAGACCCAACAUCAAACGACCGUCAACACGCCUUCACGCCUUCGUCCUCGACAAGACUUCCCUGUCAUCCCUACCCGCCCUUCCUCCCACUAUGAUGAACCAGCGGGUCCGUCGGCCGCCAUACGCCAUGGGGACAAUUUUGCGGAGACUAGUUCUGGUGUGCGUUGCAACUGCCUGCACCGGCCGUGACUCGAGCGACCCCCGUGUUCCGGAGACCGAAGCCGAAGCGAUGCCGGGUCGGCGGAUGAACCAUCCCGCCCGGAUCCACGCCAGGAACGCAAAGAUUCUGGCCCAACAGAGCGUCUUGAGGGACCAGGCUAAUAUUACGGCUGAACCAGUACCGGAGGAGGCAGAUUCGAUCAAGCCUGUCGCCAUACCAUUCAAGCAAAAACCCGAUGAAUUCGGGGAACGUGGACACGGGCUAUCUCUCGUCGCCCUCGGCGAACCGAAAAGCGGCACGACUUGGCUGGGAAGAAUGGUUCCGUCGUUGGCUAUCGAGCUAUGCGGGAGCGAAAACAACCCGUGGUGCCAGCUUGGGGGAGUCGAAGUCUUCCCACAUCCUCCUGCGCCGUCUUACGAGUUCGAAUUGCUCAACAUAUCAACCCCGACCGGCAGGCCAAGACUUUUCCUCCACUUUCAGGGGCGCAUUAAGCACAUCAUCCCGGGGAUGGAUCUCGGAAUUCCUCUCAAGUGUCGCAAUGGAGGACGACUGCACAAGGAGGGUUUCAUGGAUCUCCAGCCGUGCGAUUCAGGAGAAUCACCUACGAGGGAGCGGCUCGAAUCUUGCCUCUGGAAUACGACUAAACGCUGUGUUAACUACAUGACGAGUACGGACCCGGCCGUUCGGCGAUCAAUCGUCCUCUUUCGUGACCCACGGGACGUUGUGAUAUCGGAGUACAAGAUGCGGACCCAGGUGUUUCAUAGGGAUCCGUGGAUCGCGAGCCUUUCGCUGGAGGAGUUCGUUCAGUUUAAGUUUGAGGUGCUAGUCUCGUGGCUUCACCAGCGAUACAUGUGGCACACAGGCGAUCUGAUGGGCCCGUCAUCCCACGUCGAGUUCUACGACGAGCUACAGAAGAGCCCUGUUGGAUUCGUCGGAAUCGCUCGUCUCAUGGGCCUCGAGUGCUCCGAAGACCAGGCGUACAAGGUGUGGAAAGCUCACAAGCAGGCCUCUCCCAACGGAGGCUUCGCCACCCGGCUCGGGGAAGCGACUAUUCAGUUCAUGAACGCGACGAUGGCGAGGCUGCUCCCUCCAUCCGUAGCGAUUCAAUGGGGCUUAACGCCGACCGAGCUCUGAAGAGUAGCUGAUACCCAGUUUUUUUGGCAUUGGUGAUGUUUGUAAUUCCUGUGAGUGGGCUGCAGCUCUCUAGUCAUGUCUUUGGGAAAUCAGCUUGAGAAGUGGACAGGUAACAGCCAAUGGGCUUUGCUUUUUUUGCAUCGGAGGGACACGUAAAUGUAAACUUA